GAUUUUUUUAUACGAGGCAAACUGAUAUUCAGAAUUUUCAUGAAACUCGCGAUACUUCAUACAAAAUUCGUUUAUCUGAGGCAAAUUGAGACUAAUCUGACAUUUUCUACUCACGUAUUUACAUGUCGCAUCGCAACAUAAUUUUCCCCCUGAUGAGGAAAUUAUAUCCCUCAGAAAUAUAUUUUCGAAAUUUCAUCCGCAUUUUUUUCCAACCAAUUUUGAAACCAUAUUGCCAAGAUGAGUGGGAUAAUUACUAGCGACGGACAAGAAUCGUGGAAUUUUCCACCCACGAAUCGUCCCCCGUCCUCCUCACCGCACCGACGCCAAGACGAACACGCUGCAUCCGGCGAUACCAAAAAAGCCACUUUGAAGGACAAACUCUACGCGAAAUGGACGUCCUGGAAAACGGUGGACAAUUCCGGCACGUGGGCCACUCGAAUGUCACGUGCUCCUUUUCCAGUGAUGCAUCGCUACCUUCAAAAAGCGCAAUGGGUCUUGGUCAUCGCCCUUGUCACCUCGGCACUCGUGGUCCCCGAAAUUCGGAAAUUUGUGCUGGAUCGGACCUGGAAAGGGGGACUUGUCGUGUUUUGUUUUGAAUUUCUUACCUGGAUGACGCUCACCCUUCUGCUCGGAUUUGGAUGGAAACUCCCUGUGAAUUAUGUUUCCCUUGCUAUCGCGAGAGUCUUCCUCUCCCUGGAACUUCAGUACGAGUGGGCACUGCAGAAAAGAGAAGGGUGGCCCGCCUUGAAAGGUUUUUGGCUCACGACGGCAUCCAUGUCGACCAUGAACAGCAUCCUGGACUGGUUUCGGGGACAGAAGAAUGACGCCCACGAGACCAAACCAGGCGACGAAAUUGACCCGAUGCACCAAAUCGUGGUCAAUGUCACGCUCGCGGUGACUUUCUCCGUGGCGGCAUGGUUGCUCACGAGACAUUCAAAGAUUCGGAUCGAUAAGCUUGGAAACGUUAUGCUGUUGGCGUCCUUUUUUGGGACUUCGUUGGGGUCGGUGAUCCUCGUCUCGUCUCUGGCAAUUACAAGGAUCGGAGUGGACCUACAUAUGGCAAUGUGCAAGUUUUGGGUGACGUACGCCGUGGUGGGAAGUUUUGUGUUCACCUUCUUCCUGCUGCAACGACAACUCUGUUCGGGUGAAAAGUAUUGGGUUCGGAAGCGAUAUGCUGACGCGGAAUUUGCCUGGUUCGCCUUGGAGGUUUUGAUGUACUUGUUGCAAGGGUACAUUGUCCUUCGAUUCGUCACCUCUGUUCAUUCGGAUUUCGACGCGGCGAAAACGUUGAAGCUGAACGUGACCGAAAUGGUCAAAGUUUUCAUCCCCACGUCGAACAUUGUGACGCAGGAGUUCUACAAUUUGGUCAUGGUGGGGAAAAUGGUGUUUGAAAAUUACUACGGCAGUGUUCCAAACGCUAUGAGGAUGGAUAACCACGAAUAGGAUAAGCACCAUGGAUAACGACCUACAUACAUUUACAUAUUUACAUAUUUACAAAAACUGAAAGCAUUAUGAUUUUUUACUGGGGAAAUUAGUUUGAAGAAGAAAAUAAAA